UCCAACCUGUGAUAACUGAGAACAAUACAAAUAGAGAUUUGAAAUUCAUGUUGAAUCAUGAAUCAUAUGUCUGCAUCUCUCAAAAUCUCCAAUAGCUCCAAAUUCCAGGUCUCUGAGUUCAUCCUGCUGGGGUUCCCGGGCAAUCACAGCUGGCAACACUGGCUAUCUCUGCCCCUGGCACUACUGUAUCUCUCAGCACUUGCUGCAAACACCCUCAUCCUCAUCAUCAUCUGGCAGAACCCUUCUUUACAGCAGCCCAUGUAUAUUUUCCUUGGCAUCCUCUCUGUGGUAGACAUGGGUCUGGCCACUACUAUCGUCCCUAAGAUCCUGGCCAUCUUCUGGUAUGAUGCCAAGGUUAUUAGCCUCCCUGAGUGCUUUGCUCAGAUUUAUGCCAUUCACUUCUUUGUGGGCAUGGAGUCUGGUAUCCUCCUCUGCAUGGCUUUUGAUAGAUAUGUGGCUAUUUGUCACCCUCUUCGCUACCCAUCAAUUGUCACCAGUUCCUUAAUCUUAAAAGCUCCCCUGUUCAUGCUGCUGAGAAAUGGCUUAUUUGUCAUCCCAGUGCCUGUGCUUGCAGCACAGCGUGAUUAUUGCUCCAGGAAUGAAAUUGAACACUGCCUGUGCUCUAACCUUGGGGUCACAAGCCUGGCUUGUGAUGACAGGAGGCCAAACAGCAUUUGUCAGUUGGUUCUGGCAUGGCUUGGAAUGGGGAGUGAUCUAAGUCUUAUUAUACUGUCAUAUAUUUUGAUUCUGUUUAGAUUGAACUCAGUUGAAGCUGCAGCCAAAGCCCUGAGCACUUGUAGUUCACAUCUCACCCUCAUCCUUUUCUUUUACACUAUUGUUGUAGUGAUUUCAGUGACUCAUCUGACAGAGAUGAAGGCUACUUUGAUUCCAGUUCUACUUAAUGUGUUGCACAACAUCAUCCCCCCUUCCCUCAACCCUAUAGUUUAUGCACUUCAGACCAAAGAACUUAGGGCAGUCUUCCAAAAGGUGCUGUUUGCCCUUACAAAAGAAAUAAGAUCUUAG